GAUCUAUCUAUCUUCCGAGAUAGAGAGAGAAAAGCCCAGAGGGGAGAGAGCAGAGAAGUAGCAGAGAUGUCGGAUUGGGGACCAGUGUUCGUGGCCGUUGUGCUGUUCGUGCUGUUAACGCCGGGUCUACUAUGCCAGGUGCCGGGGCGGAACCGGUUCGUUGAGUUCGGCAACUUCCAGACCAGUGGGGUAUCGAUUCUGGUUCACUCCAUUCUCUACUUCGCUCUCAUCUGCAUCUUCUUGAUUGCUAUUGGAGUUCACGUCUACCUUGGUUGAUCAUCUUCAUCUGCAUUCGUGGUGGACUUUUUUCGUUCCCUCCUUGCCUAGUGUCUCUAAGUUGGCUUCUCUUCGUUUGAUAUCUUGCUCACAUUGUUGUUCCCGUUUCUCUGUUCUUUGUGCUAUGUAGGGAAUUCUGACAUAAAUCACUUGUUA